AUGGUAGCAGGACCCAGAGCAAUCACCUGCCCAAAAGAAGAAGAAGAAGAAGAAGAAGAGGAGGAGGAGGAGGAGGAGGAGGAGGAGGAGGAGGAGGAGGAGGAGGAGGAGGAGGAGGAGGAGGAGGAGGAGGAGGGAGAGGAGGAGGAGGAGGAGGAGGAGGGAGGAGAGGAGGAGAAGAGAAGAAGGAAGAAGAAGAAGAAGAAGAAGAAGAAGAAGAAGAAGAAGAAGAAGAAGAAGAAGAAGAAGAAAAAAGGUUGUGUGAGUUUAUAG